CCCACCGGCGUUUCACGUAGCGGCAGAAGGUCGUUCGCAGCUGGGCGGUAUUUGACAAUUCUCAAACGCAAAACGAGCCCAAAUAAUUUUAAUUUUGUCGUAAGUUUGUAACUCUGGACGCGGAGUGAUGUGAGUACUGCUGAAAACGUAGUGGAACGCGGCUGUACGUCGCGUUUGGUUUUGCUCGUUAUGAAACCUUGCUAGCUAACGUUAGCUAACGUUAGCAGCCGACUGCUGUAACUAACGAUAGUUACGCUGACAGCUCUAAAAGCGGCAGAAGACGUUGUUGACGCGACGGUAGUCAACCAGCCAGCUAAUGCUACACAUUCUGGGUAGUUAGAAUUAGCUACCUACACUACCUGUGAGUUAAUAUACCCCGCAUUGAAGCAGGGUGUUUGCACCGGAGCCUUGACUCACCGCCCGGUGUCGGACCAGACCCCUGGGCUCAGCUUCUCAGACCCAGGAUCUCCCUCCUUUGAGCUGAGUGGCUGGUUACAUGGCAGCCACGGCCAGUGCCCGGCGGUUGCCCAUGGGUGUGCGCACAUUUAGUGACUUUCUGCAGAUUGCUACUGUGGGUUCCCCUCGAGUGUGUCGCACAGCGGUGUCCAGAGGAUGCCUGCGACAAAACAUCAGACACUUGUCGUCAUGCGGCAUUUUGAUGACAAGAACUCCCAAAGUGCUUUGCCUUCAAGACUGGGACACAAUGACUACUGUUCCCCAAAGCAGAAACUUCAUCAGUCUCACCAACAAAAGGAAGGAGUACUCCGAGCGUAGGAUACUUGGCUUUUCUAUGCAGGAAAUGUAUGAUGUGGUGGCCAAUGUUGAUGAGUACAAGAACUUUGUGCCCUGGUGUAAGAAGUCCCAGACCAUCAUGAAACGAGCAAGCCACUCCAAAGCCCAACUUGAAGUGGGAUUCCCUCCAGUGGUGGAGAGAUACACGUCUAUGAUCACUUGUGUCCGGCCUCAUCUAGUCAAAGCAGUGUGUACAGACGGAAAGCUGUUCAAUCACCUGGAGACAAUAUGGCGCUUUAGUCCUGGCAUUCCUGGUUACCCUCGCACCUGCACGGUAGACUUUUCUAUAUCCUUUGAGUUCCGCUCUUUGCUGCACUCCCAGUUAGCCACCAUGUUCUUUGACGAGGUCGUAAAGCAGAAUGUUGCUGCAUUCGAGCGGCGAGCCAGUAAGAUCUACGGCCCAGAGACUCGUAUCCCACGAGAGCUGAUGUUUCACGAGGUGCAUCAGACGUGAUCUCAGCAGCUGUAUGUUCUCAUCUGGCCUUAAACCAUACCAACCUUUUAUUCCCUCUAUCUACACCAACCUGCAUGAUGCUGCUUAGUCGCCCACCACCUCCAAGUCCCCACCAUCACAUCAGACGUCACGGCUCCUGAAGAUAUUAGACAUCCAACUCUUGUAAGCAUUAUGUUGGAAUGCCUGCCUCGACAAAUUCUUGUUCAUCUCCUCCUCCUCGUGUUCUCUCUGUCCACUUUUCUGUCUACCUCCACUCACGGGGUCCUUGUUUAGCAGAAGGAACCCGCCAUUGCUCUCGCUCCAUGGCAGUUACAAGCUGUAUUUAUGUAAACAAAACAGUAAAUCAUUGCAACAUCAUGUUACCAAUGGUAGAGAGUCGACUCACUUAUUUUUAACAAACACACCACAGUGACACUCAAAAAAAACACCUACUAUUUUUUUAGAAACAGACGUUUGCACACAGACACGUUAUCAAGUCAAAUUGUGUUCAGUUUUUCGUUGAGUUCAGCGCCUGCAUCAGCUGCUUAUACUGUGUCAGGAGAGCCUAUUUGUUGCCUUCACUUUUACCAUCUACAGUAAUUUUAAAAUUGAAGUGUGUAGGAUUUAGUGGCAUCUAGCCGUGAGGAUUGCAGCUGAAACUUCUUUCAUGUGCCAAGCAUGAAUUCCUGCUUAGGAUUAAAAUGUGAAAUUGUCGUUCAGAUGGUUUUAACCAUGAGCAGAAUCAUCCACAGAUGUAUCUUUCCUCUCCAAAACAAACAGAUGUGGUGAUUUAAACCGGUGAAAACACUGAAAAAAGCAGCUUCUCUUUACAAAUCAGUGUUUCUCUGAUGCUGUUUGGCUCAUCGUAGAUGGGCCACUAGCCUAGCACAUGGACAUUUUUUUCCUGAUAACCUAAGAUCUAGACGUUCAGGAGGUUUUUACUGGGAACCAAAUUAUCCACAGAGGUCUCCUUCCCUCCAAACCAAAUGGACCCAGUGAUUUAAACCAAUAAAAACACUGAAUAAAGCAGCUUUAUGUAAAAAAAAAAAAUAAAAAAAAAAUGUUGUGGAAAAACAUGUAUGGCCUUAGUCUGUGUUUAGUUUGUCUGCUUUGGCCUACUGUAGAAACACAGCUGUGCAACAUAGCGGACUCUGGACAAGGAUUGUACACAAAAAGAAACAUAGUAUAUUAUACUCCAUUUCUGCCAAUAUACCCCUCUAAAUCCUGCACACUGGACCUUUCAGUUUUUAAUAUUUGAUAUUUAAUAGUGAACUUGGUGCAAAACGAUUAUUGAUUUCAUCCUUUUUUAAUUUAUUCAUCAGUGGUUUUUAUGCAGACUUUUACCGGUUCAUUAGGGUUUAAAUUAAAUGUGCCAUGUUUGGGACACUUAAAGUGUGAUGUCACUGUAUGUUGUGACAGUAUAAUUGAAGUGCAACACUUUGCAAAAGGGAAAAAUCUUCAUUAGUAAGCUGUGCCCUCAAGUGAAUUUGAGGUUUGGGAAAAUUAGCUUUAACUUGGCUUUUGUUGUGCUGUGAGAACUGUGUUUUUGGACACUGAGACUUGGCCCGCUACUUUUUAAUUAUGCCUUAUUUUACAGCCCAGCAUGAGAAACUGAGAGGUGAGGGGAUUGAGGGAAUUUAACUUUGCACAAACAAGAAUGAAGCCAUGGACAGGCUGGAGGCUACUGUGAAAUAUUGUAGACGGGAUUCCAACAAAAAUGCUGCACAUCUAAUAGAAGAACUACAGCCUUAUAUUUAAAAAAGUAUGGUUUCAGAUGAUCUUAUUUGAAUCAUGGACUUUUAAUUGAUCAUCUGAUUAGGUUACAGGUAUAGGAUCCACUGAUUGUAAGUGGGGAUGCACAAUAGUAUCGGCACGUCAUCAAUAUUGGCUUUAUAUGAUGUUAUUUCACAACAGAAGAGACUAGAUGAUGGAAAAAGUGUGUAUCGAUAUCCGUUAUCGGUCAAUUUAGUUGUUACAUAUCAGCAUAUUGGCAAAAAAAUCCAGUAUUGUACAUCCCUAAUUAUAAACAGUGAUAAGCAACUUCUAAUACAUACCGUAAAGGUUUUCCUCCUCUUUAUUUUACAGUCCAUCCACUGAAGGUCGUCACUUAAGUUAUAGUUAAAAAUAUACUGGUGGGCUGUAGAAUAAAACAUCAAUCAUGUAUCAUUGUCUCUGAGUUUCAUGCUUAUUUUUUUGGUUGUUUUAGCUUUUAUUUAUAUAUAUAUUAUGAUGCAUGGAUGUAACUAACAAAAAGGCAAAGGUAGUCUAGUACAUUUCUUAGUGUUUACGUGUUGUGUUGUUCAGGCAUGACGACACUAGUUGAGAUUUAUGUUGCCCGUGGCUUUUAUUCCAUGAUUAAGGGCUCAUGAAGUUCAUUGAUUGUACUUGCCAUUUCACGUUAUGUUCAAGUUGCAAAAGGUCAAAGGAUAAACAUACUCUAAUUCUCAUACACAAUUAAACCGGAUUAUUCGUUAAAGAUGGAUUUUGGCUGCGUAGCUGAUGUGGUGUUUCUGUAUUGGUAAGGUGAUUGGAAAUGAAGGGACAGUUAAUCAUCAGUGCAUGAAGAAUGUUUAUCAAAUCAAAAUCAGUCUGUGAUUCGCUGUUACAUUAAAAGGUAGAAAGAAAAUCACAGUUUAACUUAUUAAAGCUUGUUAAAUGCCAUUUUGAGUGUUAUUUCUUUAAGGAUUAAUAUAGAUUAAGUCUGUUAUACUGGAAUUCAUUUCAGGCACAGCGUUCAUAUUGCACCAUGUAAGAAUGCAGCUUCACCCCAAAUAUUUUUUGCUAAAGAUGUUUUAUUUUCAGUAUGUUGCGUACAAAUCGAAUUUAUUGCCAAGUUUUAUUAUCGUAGGUGCCAAUACUCUGUGAAUCACUGAAACAUUAUGUAAGAGAACACAAUUCGGACAGAAAAAAAGAGUAUUAUAUGAUCACCUCAGCCUCCAUCCCAGCAAUAUAUUUCCACAUCAGUCGUCAAACUGCAGGUGUAUAUAAGUGACCUGUGAUAGUUGCAGUCUAGAAUGUACCUAAGGAUGGUGACACAUUAUAUCACUGGCUGAAGAAUUUGCUGUAAUAGAGUAUAAACUUCAUCUUUUUUCAGUUCAAUCACUUCUUUUUUUUUUGUUGCGAGCUAAAAUGUAUCUUUGUAAAUACUGUGUGUGUUUCAGAGCUCUGUUAUUUAAAUAAAAAAGCAGGUGGAGUUUG